AUGGACAAGCUCAUGAACGCCGCGCAGGAGUACCUCGCCAAGGACGACGAUAAGCCCAAGCAGCACCAGCAGCAGGGCUACGGUCAACCCCUUCCCGGCGGCGAUAAGUCCCACGGAGGCAACUACCCCGCCGGCGCCGGAGCCUUCGCCGACGACGAUGACGAGGACGAUUACCGCCACGCCGCCAACGAGGCCUCGCGCCACGCGGGAUCGCACGGCGACACGGAUCUGUUUUCGAGCGUGCUCGGCGCCUUGACGCAGAAGAAGGGACAGUUGAGGAACGAGGAUAUUGACGAGGAUGAGGCCGUCAACAAGCACAAGAAAUACUUUGGCGACGACGACGACGACGACGAAAAGGCAGACGACAAGGGCCUCGGCGCCGCGGCCGCGAUGCAGGCGCUCAAGAUGUUCUCGAGCGGGCAGACGGGCGGACAGAAACAGUCCCAGGGCGGGUUCGCCGGUCUCGCCAUGGCCGAGGCCAGUCGGCUCUUUGACCAGCGCCAGUCCCAGGGUAAGGUCGCCGACGGCACGAGCAAGGAGUCUGCCAUCCAGCAGGCGGGCGAGAUGGCGCUCAAGAUGUAUUUCAAGAGCCAGGGGCAGCAGCAGGGUGGUAUCAUGGGCCUGGCGUCCAAGUUUAUGAAAUAA